AUGAUUCGAGAUGGUAAUUCGAGUUUGACUUACGCUAGAUUUUUGGAAUUAUUUUAUGACAAGAACUUUUCCUUUAGUGUCCGAGAUCACAAGACCACAGAAUUUCAGACUCUGACACAGGGUAACAGAAUAGUAGCUGAAUAUGAUUGUAUUUUCACUGAGUUGUCUAGGUAUGCACCUCACACUGUCAAUACCGAAUACAGAAAAGCUAGAAAGUUUGAGAGUGGGCUUCGUGAACCAAUACAAGACCGGGUUCAUAUGCUUAAUAUGCCAACUUACAUCGAGGCAUUGGACAAAGCCAUCCUGGCAAAAGCUAACUUAAACAAAUAUCAGAGUUCAGGAAAGAAUCAUAGAAAGAUACAGAAUUAUGAUAAUCGUCGAGCACCGUUUAAUGCCAAGAAAAAGGUGAAUGUGGGUAGUUCAAGCAACUCAAAUCAAGAAAAUGGUACUAGGCCGACAUGCACAAGUUGCGAGAAACAACAUUGGGGAGUUUGUCAUCGAGCAUCUAGAGUAUGCUUUGAAUGCGGUGAGAUGGGUCAUCGUGUUAAGGACUAUCCCAAGACAAAGAUUAAGGAUGGUCAUGAGAUUAAUGAAGAGGGUAUUUCUGUUAAUCCUAGCAUUGUGAGUUGGACGAGACCAACUAAUGUAUCUGAGGUUCGUAGUUUUUUGGAUUUGGCAGGUUACUACAAGAAGUUUGUGAAAGACUUCUCAAAGAUUGCAAUGCCAUUGACACAGUUGACUCAGAAGGGAGUGGCAUAUGAAUGGACCGAGGAUAGAGAAUCAUCUUUUCAAGAGCUAAAGACGAGGUAA